AUGGGUAGAGACAGAGACAGGGAUAUUUCUCGGUCGCCGUCGUACCGGAGGAGAUGCUCCCCAUCACCGUCUCCGGUGAGGUAUGGGCGCCGGAGCCGGAGAAAUAGGAGCCGAUCCCCUCAUUCCUAUAGCAGAAGACGAAGUCGUUCAUCAUCUUCUCGGCUCUGGAAAAGUCGCUCCCCCAGUCUGAGACAUCGUAAAAGUCGCUCACCCAGUCUAAGACGUCGUAAAAGCCGCUCUUUCACACCGAAAAGGAACAAGAGACAGAGGAAAAGGAGCAAUUCAUCUUCACCCUUAAGUUUGUCUCCAAGUAAACGCACUGGUACAAAGGACGACAGAGAUGCCACUGAAAAAAUAAGAAAAGAGGCUGAGGAAAAGAAAAGGCUUCGAGAGGAGUUAGAACUAAAAUUAAUAGAAGAAGAAACUGCGAAGAGAGUAGCACAAGAAAUUCGUAAGAGGGUUGAAGAGAGCCUAAAUACUGAGGAGAUCAAUCAUGAAAUAGAGAGGCGUAUAGAGGAAGGUAGGAAGAAACUUUUUGUUGAGGUUGCAGAACAACUUGAGAGAGAAAAAGAAGCUGCUCUUUUAGAGGCUCGGCAGAAAGAGGAACAAGCACAGAGAGAGAAAGAGGAGCUGGAAAGGAUGUUAGAUGAGAACAAGCGGAAAGUGGAGGAAGCCCAGAGACGAGAAGCUCUGGAGCAGCAAAGACGAGAGGAAGAACGCUACAGGGAAUUAGAAGAGCGGCAAAGACAGAAAGAAGAGGCCCUCAGAAGGAAAAAACAGCAAGAGGAGGAAGAACGUGCUAACCAGAUGAAGCUUCUUGGCAAGAAUAAAUCCCGUCCCAAAUUGUCCUUUGCCCUUGGUUUGAAAUGA